UACAGGCCCCUGUCGCUCUGCUCAGAGCUGUGUGAGGAUCUGAGCGGAAAGAAAAGCCCGUUGUCAUGUGAUCUGUCUACAUGCAUGAGCCUGACAGAUCAAUACACACAUCGAGAGGGAUGGCAAACACCGGCAACACCGAAAAAGUCCAGCUGCACGUUCCAGAUCUCGCGGAAUUAUGUCAGGUGUUGCAAUCAGGACUGAAUAAGAAUUUUUCUGAUGUAAAAGUGUCUGUUGCUGACUGUCCAGAUCUUACACAAGAGCCUUUCGGGUUUCCUGUCAAGGGUCUGUGUGGCCAGCCUCGUAUUACUGAUGUUGGCGGUGUACCAUAUCUGAUUCCUGUGGCCCAACCGGACAAGGUGUACAACAUGAACACUGUGUCCAAGGAGGUGGAGCUGCCUGGUGGAUUUUUUCUUGGUGCUGGUGCUGUUUCCCGCAAGACAACUGGGAUGAAUGCAGAGUUAAUACCUCUGGUGCUGACUGAAGCUGAAGGAAGACCUGCAGUGAACAGCAGUUAUUUUUCAUCCAUCAACCCAGUGGAUGAAAAAUGUCUGUUGGAGAAAUACAGCGACAGGUUCAGUGACUGCGACUUUGGCCUACUCGCAAACCUUUAUGCAUGUGAGGGCAAACCUGGACAGGUCAUUGAGGUGAAAGCCUCCAUAAGGACUGGAGAGGAGAGUCUUGUGAGCUCCAUGAGAAAGACCAUGGAAGAACAUUAUGGGGAGAAGAGCGUGGCCCUUGGGGGAACUUUCGUCCUACAAAAGGGGAAGGCAAAGAUCCACAUCAUGCCACGUGAAUUCUCCGCCUGCCCUCUAAACACCAAUGAGGACGUCAAUAACUGGCUCAAGCAUUUUGAAGUCAGUGCUCCACUGAUCUUUCAAACUGUCAUGGUGUCCAAAGACCCAGGUCUUGACCUGAGAGUGGAACAUACACAUGGCUUCAGUCACCAUGGUGAGGGGGGCCAUUACUACACAGACACCACCCCAGACACAGUGGAGUAUCUGGGAUACUUCAUGCCCGCUGAGUUUGUCUACCGCAUCGACCGACCCACAGAGACACACAAUAUUGGCAGAGAUUAAACUAUUGACAGUGUUGAGCAAAUAGUUGAAGUAUUGAGCAAUUUGAGCACUCUUCACAAUGCAAUCAAUUUCUAGAUAGAUCUAUGCAUUUUGUACUGUGUGAUGGUCAAGCCAUUUCAGUUAGCUUUUUUCCCCUUCAUUAUUUUCAGAGGGAAAUUAGCCUGUUAAUUAAAACAUUAGUGAACCGAU